AUGUUCAAGCUGAUUCUUGUUACCCUCGCCACUGUGGCGCUUGCCUCUGGCAAACCCAGCUUUGGACACGCUCCUCUAGCCUACAGUGCUCCUGUCGCCACCUACUCAUACAGCGCUCCAGCCUUCUCUAGCGCAGCUAUUGCUGCCCCCGCUGUUGCUGCACCCGCUCUCACCACCUCCGUUGCUGCUCCUGCUGUUGCGCACCAAAUCCAGACACCAGCCGUCCAUGUACCAGCCGUCCACGCACCAGCCGUCCACGCACCAGCCGUCCACGUACCAGCCGUCCACGCACCAGCCGUCUCCGCUCCAGUUGUAGCUGCUCCCGCCGUCACCGCUCCCGUCGUAGCGGCUCCAGCGUACACUGCCACGGCCUACACCGCCCCAGCCUACACCGCCCCAGCCUACACUGCCCCAGCCUACACCGCCCCAGCUUACACCGCCCCAACAUAUACUGCCCCGGUUUACGCUGCCCGUACAUACGCCGCCCCAACUUACGCUGCCGCAUAUACUGCCCCAGCGUACACUGCUCCAGCCGUGACCACCGCUGCCCUUGCUGCUCCAGCAUACACUGCUCCAGCCGUGACUACCGCCGCCGUCGCUGCCCCAGCGUAUACCCCUCUUGCCUACUCAACUUACGGAGCUUCAGCUGCCUACCCUUUGUCGUCCUACGGAGCCUACUCGUACCCUAGCUACUACUCCAACUACGCUGCGUACUCUCCCCUGACCUACAGCAGCUACUGGAGCCCCGCUUCCCUCUACUACAAGAAGAAGUGA